AUGUGUGCAUCGACCUCUUGGUGCACGCAGGGUCGCAGGGCACAACUAGCCGAAGUCAAAGAACCCACGAUGUGGUCCUUACAUCUGGAAUCGCCCCAGGACCUGAACAUUCGUGCCAGCUGGCUGGUGGGGACAACUGUUCAUGGGCCUGUACUACUGACAUUAUGCAGGCCUUCGCCUACAAAGAGCAAGAAUGGACAGAUCUGGAUGAAGUGGAGGGACUACACUUUGCAGAACUUCUGGCUGGGGAUGUCUUGGAACUGUCCAGAAGUUGUGCAUACACGUAUGCAAAUGAGCCGCACUAUUGCCAAACUACCACAUGCACUCAGGAAUGUGAAAAAGUGGCGUGGGGCGUCUCCGACAUCUCUGCUGGAGGGAUAUUGUACUCACAUGAAAGUCGGGAAACCAGUUUACAAAUGUUCAAGUGCAGACGAUGACCCUGGCCAAGUGGAGUGGGUUGCAAGUGUAACUUCACCUACUGGAAAAUCCCUGGAGGGGGCCUCAGGUCCUUGCAUAAAUGAGGAAUGUGCCCGCCAAAAUGCUGCUCUCAGACUGCUACACCUGCUGCAGUCUGCCAUCGUGGAAGUGCUGGGGUGUGGCACUGGAAAACAGGGCGGCAUCAAAAAGGACAGUGGCAACUCAGCUGUGCACAUUGUGGUGAAAGGUGGUGACGACAGCCCUGCAGUUGUCCCUGGCAUGGAGGUGGAGGUGAGCUAUUGCCUCUCUACCAAGCCACAAGGAACGGAAGGCACUGAAUCAAGUGCUGGAGAGAAUGGUGAGGUCAUUAUUGAAUUUCAACAAGGCUUCAAGUUUGAGGUUGGCUCUGGGGUAGUUUGUGAAGAGAUGGAUUAUCUGGUCAAGCAUCUGCAAUUUGGAGGGAGAGGGCGCAUGAGGAAGGAUUCAAGCUUGGAGGGCACUGACCCAUUGAAUAAGUUUGAAAGUGUGCCUUUGACGUUGGAAGUUGAGCUGCUUGCUGCCAAAGUGCCCAAUGGUGAAUCCCAGCAGGUCAAGAUUUUCUCACCGCCACUAGGCCAGCAGCGGUACUCCCGUGCUGCAGAUUGUCUCCUGCAAAUUCAACCAACAAGAUUGUUGGACCUAGGUUGCGGUGAGGGCCGCCUCCUAGAGACUCUGCUUGGACAUGCCCAGUUUGGAACCGUUCGGCAGCUUGUGGGCAUUGAUGUUUCCAAAGACAAGCUGAGAUCCCCAGCAAGGGUGAAAAAGGCGCUCCGUGAAAUGCAGAUGAAUGAUGGCAGUGGGGAAGCUGAGGUGUCCGGAGACCAAAAUGGCAGCCAGCUGGAUGUGAAGCUGUUCUUUGGGAAUGUCCUGCAGCCUGGGAUGAGCGAUCCUGAGACUUGGGGAGCCCUCUUGGGGAUUGAUGCAGUGGCCAUGAUUGAAGUUGUGGAGCACCUGGAUACAGAACCUCUACGCUGCGUAGGGUCUGCCAUCCUGGGCAGCCUGAAGCCCAGAUUAUUUGUGGCAAGCACUCCGAAUUGGGAGUACAAUGCUGUACUUCGGGAGCUUGGUGGCUGUCAAGGCGGGCCGCCAGGACGUGAUGGGACCCCGAUGCGCUGCUCAGACCACCGUUUCGAGUGGACCCGUGCAGAAUUUGAGGACUGGGGGCAAAAAUUGGCAGACCAGUUUGGCUAUUCUGUCACCUUCGAGGGGAUUGGCCAUGCCAUCAACGAGGCAGAGGCGCUGCAGGUCGAAGAGUUUCAACAGACGCAGGAUGUGGGCUCUGCAUCUCAGAUGGCCGUGUUCAUCCGCGGUGCUGAGAAGUCUGUGCCACUGCAUGACGUUUCGGAGCCCUGUCAAGGCCUAGAACUGGUCUGGGAUCUUCAAGAGCACAGAAGCGAAGUCUGGGACGCGGUAGGUGUGGAUGGCACAUCCGAGGUGCGAUAG